CCUGGGCUGCCCCGUGUCCUGGUACAGCAGCUUCUCUACCUUUGCAGGUGUGCUCAGAGCAGGGCCAUCACCUUGCACCUGGUCCAUGUGAGCAGAGCUGUUCUCGCUCGGCAAUGGUCAGGGGACAGGGAUGCUGCUGGCAGGUGCCAUCGCACAAGCGUAGCCCAAACCCCCUCCUGCUCCACACGCUCGCAGCCCAGCUGUGGGACAUCGCCUGUGGCAGGAGCUCAAGGAGCCACGGGCAGUGAAGCCCAUGCCUCUGCCCCGCAACCUCCCUCCCCUGCCUGCUUGGAGCAGGUCCGGGCUCCUGCUCUGCUCUCCCUGGCACCUCCUGCUCCCCGCAGGGCUCCAGCUGCCCUGGUCCUCCUGCACUCACCCCACUCCCAUUCCCAGCCCUCAGCCCCAUGUGCCUUCGAGGGUCUGGCAAUCCCAGAGCCCUCACCUUUGGCAGGGGACAGAGCACAGCCACACCCUCCAGGGCAGAGUGAGCCCCAUUCCUUGCCUGGCACAGCCCAGUGACUGGUCCCCCCUCUCCCUGCCGUGUGGGUGGAAUGCAGCUCAGCACCACAGCUCCCUGCAGCAGCUCUCCCGGCUCCGUGUGCUCUGGGAGGCAACAGUGGUGCUCCCUGGGCAGGACCAGGUGAGGGCUUGGGACAGGAUGCUGCUCCCCUGCGUCCCAUCCCUGCUCACUGUUCAGGAGCACAGGCAGUGGGGCUGCGGGAGUGCUGCCCGUCCCCCUGCCCGGCUGCUCGCGGGUCACUGGUGACCUGGAAAGGGAACGCGCAGAGGAUGCAUCAGCCAUGGGCCAUGAGCCCAGCGCUGCCCCAGGAGUCUCCCCCGCGCAGGAUUAUUCAUGCCUAGGAUUCCCACGAUCCUGACAUGGAGCUGCCAUGGGAAGAAGCAGCUCAGCUUGGUUGGCCCCCGCCCUGGCAGGGUUUAAAUCCCUGCCAGCGGGCACAGCGGAACAGUCCUCCGACAGCAGCACGAUGCCAGGUGAGUGCAGCCUCCUCCUGGUGCUCCUGGUGCUGAGUGCGGAGCUGCCACCCACCCCAGCCCAGGAGCACCGUGACGGGGACCAGGGCUCUGCGCCCGUGGCCACCCCAGCACGGCGCCGAGCCCCACGGGGACGCUGGUCCCCUGCCAUCCUGCCUGUCCCUGGCAAAGCGGGUGAGUGCCCGGCAGGGAGGGGAGUCCUGCACCCUGCCAAGAUGUACUGCCUCUUCGACCACGACUGCCCUGGCACUGAGAAGUGCUGCCAAAGCGGGCAGAUGAGAACCUGCAUGCUCCCAACCGCAGAGAGCCCCGGCUACUGCCCCCGCACCGGCAGCAUCAAUGAGGAGAGCUGCGGGCUGAACUGCCACAACGACACCAUGUGCAGCCCUGGAGAGAAGUGCUGCACCCGCAGCUGCUGCGCCCGCUGCACGCGUGCCGAACCAGCCAAACCUGGCCUCUGCCCGCGGAAGCGCAUCCAGAGGAUCACCACUGCCUGCCUCAACCGCUGCGCCGAUGACCGGGACUGCCCUGGAGAGCAAAAGUGCUGCUUCUCUGGCUGCGGGCUGGCCUGCAUCCCCCCAGAUACAGGGAGCCGCCGUGUUGCGGUGAAGCCCGGCGUGUGCCCUGAAGUGCUGCGAGGCUCGCUGGGACCCUGCCUGCAGCUGUGUGACACCGACGGCCGCUGCCCUGGGGCAGCCAAAUGCUGCCACACUGGCUGCGGCCAAGUCUGCAAACCGCCCACUGAGGUGCGACCCGGGCGCUGUCCCUCCAUGGCUGAUGGUGACCGGGCAGCCGAGUGCCACCUCCUAUGCCUGCAGGACAGGGAUUGCCCCCCAGGCCACAAGUGCUGCCUGCGAGACUGUGGGCGGGCGUGUGUGCCCCUCGAGCCUGCUGUCCCCCCGGUCCCUGCAGCCCUGGGCACCGCGCAGCCUGGAGGGGACCAAGGGAGGCUGGUGGGUGCCAGGGUGGGGGCAUCCCAGGACCCUCUUCCCUUGGGGCAGGAGCGUUCAUCCUGCACUGAGUGCAUCGUCCAUCUCUUCCAGGCACAGCCUAGCCCUGGCCAGAGAGCACAGCACCAGUAGCUGCUGUUUCGGGGUGGUUACCCACCCCACUGCCAUUGCAACCCUAAGGGUGAGCAUGGAGCAGCUGCUGCUGGCAGCACCUGCCACCCACUGCCCGUCCCUGCGCUGGACCCUCUGCAUCGCUGGAGAGAGAUCACCAGCAUCGCUCUGAAGGGUCCUGGCUGGGGUCCCAGCACUCCCAGCUCCUCCCAGAUAUUUCCUCAAGGGCUGCCCAAUGCCCCACACCAGGGCAGGGCUCCCAGCCGCCUGGGCACAGCGACAAACCCCUGCUUCCCCAUCGGCCCCA